AUGGAGAAGAAGCGACGUGCACGCAUAAACGUGUCACUGGAGCAGCUCAAGUGUCUGCUAGAGAAACACUACUCACACCAGAUCCGAAAACGCAAGUUGGAAAAGGCAGACAUCCUAGAGCUGAGCGUCAAGUACAUGAAGAGCAUGCAGAGCUCCCUGCAAGGGCUCUGGCCGGCCCCUGGCGGCGCCGAGUACCCACCCGGCUUCCGCGGCUGCCUGCCAGGCGUGAGCCAGCUCCUGCGGCAUGGUGAGGAGGGGAACGGCCUGCACUGCCCCCUGGUGCUGGAGUGCACGGGCGGCAGCACCAUGGACAGCGCCGGACCCAGUUCCUGCCCCGAGGCGCUCGCGUUGCACUGUCCGAAUGGCCACUCUGCCUGGGUUGCCGCUCCGGUUCCGGCCACUGGCAGCCCACGGUCCCCGCCACCGCGGCUGCUCCUUGCCAGUGGCCCUCCUGGCCUGUCAACCAGCGUCUCGGCUCCUCAGCCAGCCUCGCGCCGCCGCCCCGACAGCCCGGGCCCGGGGCUGCGCGUGUGGCGACCCUGGUGA